GCGUCUCUACGUUUCGUUUAUCUGCCCUCAACUGUUAGGAACGGAAGAGGCUGUCGGUUGCGCUCAUCCAAAAUGACUCUCUACACGUAACCACAUGGGGAUUUGGAACAAAACAUUGCACUGACCCUGCCAAAAGAGCGCUCAUAAUGCCCCAGUGCGUGUGUCCGGAGCUGCUGUCAGCUGUCCAGCUCAAGCGCCUGGAGGAACACAAGUACAGCGCGUGUGGUCGCUCGCUCUUCGAGCCGCCGUGCCAGAUAUACUGGAACUGGCUUGUCCAGCAGAUCCCGAUAUGGGUCGCGCCGAACACGCUAACCAUCACUGGACUAAUUAUUAAUAUUGUAACGACCGUCAUUCUGGUGUAUUACUGCCCCACGGCCACGGAGGAGGCUCCAGGUUGGGCCUUCUUUCUUAGCGCCUUAGGUCUCUUUAUCUACCAAUCACUGGAUGCCAUUGAUGGAAAGCAGGCCAGACGGACCAAUAGCAGCUCAGCUCUCGGGGAGCUCUUUGACCAUGGCUGUGAUGCCGUUUCCACAGUGUUUGUUGCUGUGGGAACGUGUAUAUCCUGUGGGAUCGGCACUUACCCUAACUGGAUGUUUUUUUGUGGCUUUGUGGGAAUGUUCAUGUUUUUCUGCGCACACUGGCAAACAUAUGUGUCUGGAACACUCCGCUUUGGAUUGGUUGACGUGACAGAGGUCCAGAUUGCUAUUAUAAUCAUGUAUAUGAUGUCAGCUUUCGGAGGAGUGAGUCUUUGGGAGACUACGUUGCCUGUGCUUGGUGUGAAUUUGCAAACCCUACCAAUUCUUGGCAUUACUGGUGGAUUCCUGUAUUCAACCUACAACUACUUCUAUGUCAUCCUGAAUGGUGGUGUAGGCAAGAAUGGCUCAACUGUUGCAGACACCAGUGUUUUGUCUCCUGGUCUACACAUCGGCCUAAUCCUCACUCUGGCCUUCAUCAUCUUUAAGAAGUCCUCCAGCCAGCUUUUUGAGCAUCAUCCCUGCCUCUAUAUCCUCACCUUUGGCAUAGUAAUCGCCAAGAUCUCUAAUAAGCUGGUGGUGGCCCACAUGACUAAGAGUGAGCUUCAUCUUAAUGACACAGCCUUCAUUGGUCCUGGGCUGCUCUUCCUAAACCAAUACUUCAACAGCUUUAUUGAUGAGCACAUUGUCCUUUGGAUAGCUAUGGUGCUGUCCCUAAUGGAUCUGGUGCGUUACUGCACAGGACUGUGCCUGCAAAUUGCCUCCCACCUACGAAUCUGGGUUUUCAGCAUCGCCCCACAGGCCGAUGCCCACCGAGACUGACAAUUUGCCCGGCGGGAGGAGGAAGCAGGAUCUAAAUAUGAAGACAUUGUCCCGCUUCUCAAGUUAGAGCAGGAGAGCCCCACAAACCAAAACCGAAAUGGCCUUGACAGUGUUACCACCACAGACUAAUAGAACUAAAAGGAAUCAUCAUCAUUUUACUAGGUUUGAUUGGACCAUCUUGAGUAAGACCAGCACAUCGCUUCUAUUAACCACACUACUAUACACUGGACUGUAACUCACUGGAUGAAAAUAAAGAGUUUAGACAUUGGGGGAAAAAAAAAAAAAAAAAAAAAACGUGGCCUCAGGGCGGCUCAGCCAAGUUUAAGUUUUCUGUUGCCUUCAAGUGGUUCAUUCUGUGCAGAAAUGCACCACAAAUUAUUAUUAUUUCCAAGCCAAAGGGGUAAUAGGUUGGAAAUCUAAUAAUGUUAAUCAAACUGAUUUAGAAUUGGCCAAAAAUGUCCAAUAUACUUAUUUAUAACCAAAUGGUUUUGUUAUAGUUCUGUCAGUUGUCGUAGUUCAAGCUUUUGUCCAAAAUAAUUUUUGGAGGAAAAUUUUUUUGAGAGUUUAACAGUAGAAUUUAUCAAAUUGCACUUUGUUUUCUGGGUCUGAUAACGUUAAAUUAAAGGUCUCCAAAGGAAGCUACAACUGCAGUUUGGGGAUCAAUUAAUGGCAAUCUUGCACUGGUUUUGACACAUCAUACAACAUCCAUAAUUUAAUUUAGUCCCACAUAUGACAAAAAUGCAACAUUUUUAUAUAUUAGAUCUAGACGUCAACAGAAGCAAGUAUUAAGAACACAUUUCAUUGUUUUUCAGACCUUAUAUAGCCACCAAACUCCAGGUGGUUUACAACCUUCAUUUUUUUUUUUUUUUUUUUUUGGUAGAUGAUUUUUACUGUUGUUAGAAAACACAAGCAGCUAUUUGUAGAUCAUGUGAGACUUUAUAUAAGAAAGAGAAAAAAAAAAAAAAAAACAACCUUUGCCCAAACAGUCAUUGUAGCUUUCAGGAGUAAAAGGAAACUUUUUGUGAUUGUCCAGUGAUUACAGUGUUCAUAUUUAAUUUAGUAAUUUGAAUUGUGUGAAAUUAAGUCAAGCCUGUUUAAAACAACAACAACAACGUAAUUUAAAAAAUUUAAUUGUCAAGGUUAUUUGUGGCUAUGUGCUAAAAACAGGGACACCUUUUGUUUUGAGAAGAGCUCCACCCCCUUUUCCCCAGUCACCCAAUCCCAUUUUACUCCAACUUCCUGAUUGUACAUUUAACUUCCCCCAGCUUGAACUGAGCUCAUCACAGAGUUUUGGGUUCUGUCUUUAACUCUGUUUGGGGGAUCUUUUGUGCCUGUUGUAUGAUGCACUGAUUGACAGCUCUGCCUGCUUAUGAUCAUCUCCUCCCUAAAGGGCUAAUAAAAUAAAUUUUGUGUGAUUUGAAUAGAA